GUUCCCGAGGGAAAUCCCCAGGCUGGGAUGAGCGGUGCCCGCACACACACAGUUCCUCCUCCGGGCGCGCAGGGGGCGCCGCGGCGGGCGGGGCGGGGCGGCCAUGGCGGACCGGCUGACGCAGCUGCAGGACGCGGUGAACUCGCUCGCAGACCAGUUCUGUAACGCCAUCGGAGUGCUGCAGCAGUGCGGGCCCCCGGCCUCCUUCAGCAACAUCCAGACCGCCAUCAACAAGGACCAGCCCGCCAACCCUACGGAAGAGUAUGCCCAGCUGUUUGCAGCCCUGAUCGCCCGCACUGCCAAGGACAUCGAUGUGCUCAUAGACUCCCUGCCCAGUGAGGAAUCCACAGCAGCUCUGCAGGCUGCAAGUCUCUAUCGGUUGGAAGAGGAGAACCACGAGGCGGCUGCCCGGCUGGAGGAGGUGGUUUACCGUGGGGAUGUGCUGCUGGAGAAGAUCCAGAGCGCCCUGGCGGAUAUCGCACAGUCACAGCUGAAAACCAGGAGCGGCACCCCCAGCCAGCCCCUUCCCGAAUCCUAGCGCCAGAGGGCAGCGUGGCCCUGCCAGACCGCCUCGGGAACACCUCUGGAUCCACCGGGAAUGCAGCAGCAGCCCAUGGGACUCUGCUUUGUCAAAGCUCAGACUGCAGGUUCUGUGUGGGAAACAGUUCUCCUACGGGAUCAGUGGUGCUGCUCUGGAAUUGGGUGUAUUGAUGGAUGUUUCCUUGCCUGAAAAUAUGAAUUUCUGAGCUUUCUGUUGUAAACUUGUAUGGUUAUGGUAUGCUUUUUGUAAGGCUCACGCAGACACACUUGAAUUUGCCAGAGUUCCAGGGGGACGGUGCUGUGAAUGCAGUGGUGGCCAUCUGGUUUAAUUAACAAGAAUGGUAAUUAAACAUUGGUGUGACUGAUGGACUGGUUCACCACCCUUUACAGAGCAAACGAAAGGGAAAGUAAACUGUUUGCAGAGUAAUUGGCAUCUCAUUUACAAAGAAAUAAACCUGCAGAUAUCUGA